CUUCCGAUCCGAUGGAUGAUAAGCGUGCGAUUGGGAAAAUGAGUAAACGGCGAAAACCUUCAUUUGAUUAUGUAGCGACCAAACGUUGGAGUAAAACGCCUCGCCAGAUGCCAACCGCCAGCACAAGAACGAUUGAUAGUAUCGUGUUACUCGUGAUAGCCUUUCUGGUCGUCAUCGCUACAACCUGUACAGAUGCUUCCAACUACUUUGACACUCAAGGACCUAAUUUCUCGCAUGAGCCGCCAUCGCGCAUCGAAUUCACCAACAAUGCCGGCAGCAUUGCCGAUUGCAUAGCACAUGGCAAUCCACCGCCGAAUGUCGAAUGGCUGGACAAGGACAAUAAUCCCAUCACCUCGAUAUCAAAGGUCCGUCAUAUGCUCGCCAACGGUUCACUCUAUUUCCCUCCCUUCGAAGCGGAAGAGUUUCGUCAAGAUGUCCAUUGGUCCGUGUAUCAUUGUGUGGCCAGCAAUGCUGUGGGUACAAUUGUUUCUCGUGACGUUGUGAUCAAAGCAGUUGUAAAUCAACGUUACGAACCGGAAGUGCAAAAUCCAGGAGGUUUUAUUGGCAGCAAUGUGUUAAUUAAAUGUAAUAUACCGUCGUUUGUUAAGGAGUAUGUAACGGUAACAUCAUGGCUGCAGGAACCAAAUUUCAAUAUAUACCCAUCGCUUGAAGGAGAUGGGAAAAAUCAUAUGCUACCGACCGGCGAACUUCUGGUGUACAACAUCACUCGCACCGAUGCGCACAAAGUUUAUCGCUGCCGCACCCAUCACAAGUUGACGCAGGACUCCGUUGUGAGCAGCAAUAUGGGCAAAAUUCAAUUGACUGAAAUGCGUGAACUCGUGCCGCCCAUAAUGAACGAGAAGGCCACAAGCGUGGUGGCACGUUUGGGCGAUCCCGUUGUGGUACCAUGCGUGGCAUACGCCAACCCGAAACCGGUCUAUCGCUGGCAUACGAAACGACCAAACAACGAGGAGUCCAUACAACAUUUGCUGGCGACAGGUCGUGCAAAAAUCAAGGAAGGCACGCUAAUUAUAACCGCAGUCGAUCGGUCCGACAGCGGAGCCUUCUUCUGCACUGCCACCAACUCGGAGGGCAGCGAAACUUUGGAAGUACAAAUUGCCGUUACAUCACCGCUCACUGCCAGCAUCCAACCCACCGUGCAAACAGUGAAUCUGGGCAAAACCGCAAACUUGAUUUGCAGCAUUUCGGGCUUCCCAAAACAGAGUGUUCUUUGGCUGAAGGAUGGUCAGCCACUGCGUUCCGGCGCACGCGUCCGUCUACUCUCCACAGAGCACAUACGCAUUACGUCCAUUACGAAGGAGGACAAGGGGAUGUAUCAGUGUAUUGUGAAAAAUGAUUUGGAGUCGGCCCAAGCCACAGCGGAAUUGCGCCUAGGAGAGGUGGCACCGCAACUAAUCUACAAAUUCAUCGAACAGACCAUUCAACCCGGACCGUCAGUUUCGCUGAAGUGUAGCGCUAGUGGCAAUCCAACACCAAAAAUUGUCUGGCACUUGGAUGGAUUUCCACUACCAAAUAACGACCGUCUCAUGAUUGGACAAUAUGUCACAAUGUUUGGUGAUGUUAUAAGCCAUGUCAACAUAUCUGCAGUAAAGUCAGAAGAUGGCGGCGAAUACGAGUGCAAAGCAAUAUCGCGGGCAGGUGAAGCAUCGCAUUCGGCACGCUUAAACAUCUACGGUAUGCCAUAUGUGCGCAUGAUGCCGAAACUAUCUGCAGUGGCGGGAAAGACUUUUUUUCUCAAAUGCCCUGUGGCAGGAUAUCCAAUCGACAGCAUCAUCAUAGAGAAAGAUGGCGUCAGAUUGCCAACGAAUAUAUGACAGCGUGUUCAGAACGGCACCCUACUCAUCGAGAAUGUGCAACGCACCGCCGAUCAGGGAACCUACACUUGCAUCGCCCGCAACAAGCACAACUACACGGCGCAACGGACGGUGGAGGUGAAAGUUUUGGUUCCACCCAAGAUUACACCAUUCUCAUUCGCACGCGAUCUGAAUGUCGGCGACCGCACGAGCAUACAAUGUGUCAUUGGCACCGGUGACCUACCGCUCACAUUCACCUGGCUUAAGGACGGACAGCCGCUGCAGCAAAUGGCCACAUCCAUCACAACCUCAGCAGCGGCCGCCUCUGGCCAUAAUCGCCUACUUAUGGGCGGCGUUGGUGUUGGUGUCGGUGUGAAUUAUCUAUUGCGCGAUGGUGGUGGUGCUGGUGGUGGUGGCAGCGUUGGCGGCGGCGGCGGUGUUAGCGGUGGGCAUCAUAGCGGUACCGGUGGCGUUGCUGCAUCAGGUCCAUCAGGUCAUACAAAUCACGACGAUUCAGCCGCCACAGCGGCUGCGGCAGCAUCAAUGUCAACGAAUGCGGAUGGUAGUAGCGGUGGUGUAGAUGGUGGCGCUGGCCAAGUGACAAUUCGCCAAAAUGAUGAUUUCACCAGCGCCCUCAGCAUCACAAGUGUGACGCGAGCACAGAGCGGCACCUAUACGUGUCGCGUACAAAACGAUGCCGCUACUGUAUCGCACUCUGCACAGCUAAGAGUCAAUGUCCCACCACGUUGGAUACUAAAACCCACCGAUCAAGAUGCCAUACUCGGUAAUCCAGUGGCCAUAACCUGCAAAGCCGAUGGAUUUCCAAUACCCACCGUACAAUGGAAGCAGUCGAUUGGUGACUCAGGCGAAUAUCGUGAGCUCAGUUAUGGCAUUGGUAAUGGUAACUCACAAUCCGUUAUCGAAACAUAUAACAACGGGUCGCUGAUCAUACCAAAAGUUGGGCGAGAGCAUGAAGGUAGCUAUUUGUGCCAAGCAAGUAACGGCAUCGGCGCGGGACUGAGUACACUAAUCAAAUUAACUGUGCAUGUUGGUCCCUCUGUAACGGUUUCGAAGAAACAGGUUUCCGUCCGUCGGGGUGACCGUGUCACAUUGCGCUGCGAAGCUGAUGGCGAUCAGCCGCUGAAUAUAACAUGGCGCGCCAAGGCAAAUCACAUAGAUCCAUCUUAUGAUAUACGUUAUCAUAUCAAAGAUUCACCGUUAAGUCGUGGCACCGUCUCAGAAAUGACCAUACUACAGACCAUACUUAACGAUCGUGGUGAAUAUACGUGCAUUGCCACUAACAACUAUGGACAUGAUCGCGCUGUAAUUCAUCUGCAAGUGCAGGAGCCACCGAACUUUCCCGUAAAUUUGCAUGUCACCGAUUUGGGUAGUCGUUCUGUAAUGUUGGCUUGGUCGCCAAAUGAUCAAGAUUCGAUUUUCAUGAAUAACGGUGGUAACAAUCGCGAUUCGCAGCCGAUAUCGAAUUACAUUUUGCAAUAUAAGAAAGCAGGCGAUGUCUGGCAUGAGCACAAUAACCAAAAAUUAUUGCCCGGCGAUAAGACCACCGCACAAAUUGGUUCACUACGUCCAGCGCAAGCAUAUCACUUCCGCCUUUAUGCCGAAAAUCAUUUGGGUACCAGCGCUCCGAGCGAUAUAUUGCUCGUGCAAACCGAUGCUGAGGUGCCAAGUGGUCGUCCGCAAGAUGUUUCCGCUGAACCACUAGGGCCACAACAAUUACUCAUCACUUGGCGUCCGCCUGAACGUGACACAUGGAAUGGCGAACUAUUGGGUUACACAAUCGCAUACCAAAAACACGGUGCGCCAGACAGCGUACAAAACUUCACCAAAGUUAGCAGCCUAGGUGGUGAAGGUCUUAAUGAUUUUCGUCUUACUGGGCUGGAGAAAUACACACAGUAUGCCAUAUCUGUAUCUGCAUUUAAUGUGAAAGGCGAUGGACCGCCAAGCGAGGUGACUAUGGGUCACACGUUGGAGGAUGUGCCCUCUGCGCCGCCACAGGGCGUCACCUGCAUUGCGCUGACGGCACAAAAUAUACAGAUCUCUUGGCAGGCACCACCAAAAGAAUCCAAUCAUGGUAUUAUACAAGGCUAUAAACUUCUCUACGAACCUGGCAAUAUCGAAUCAGAGUACGGCACGCGGGAAACAAAGAUCACCUCAGCGUUGAGUACGGUGUUACAUGGUCUGCAGCCUUUCACGAACUACAGCGUGCAGGUUUUGGCAUUUACGCGUGCUGGCGAAGGCGUGCUCAGCCUGACUGUGUCGUGUACCACAGAAGAGGCAGUGCCAGAUGCACCGGAGCGUGUUAAGUCGGUUGUAAGUAGUGAGUCUUCAGUUAUCAUUAGCUGGUUACCACCGCGACGUCCCAAUGGUAUUGUUACCAAAUACAAUGUCUACAUCCGUAUACUAGACAAGGGGCAAGAGUUGAAAAUUCUCAAAGAAGUGUUGCCCGCAAACAAUCGCCACUUUGAAGCUAAGGACUUAAUGGUGCGCGAAACUUAUGAGGCUUGGGUAACGGCAUCGACACGAGUGGGACAGGGACCGAGCACACCGGUGAUCAAAUUAAUACCAAGCCCCUCUGUGCCCGCAGCCAUCAUAUCAUUUAGCCAAACUUUAAGUGUCAGCUGGCGAGUCGAUCUCAAACUGGCAUGCGUCUUCGUUGGUAACCCGAAACCGAACUCGGAAUGGAAAGUGUUAAAUGCACGUUCUAAGAAACAUUUUCGCUUGGAGGUGAGCAAUGAUAAUACGCUGACAUUGCGCAAUAUACAACGCACUCACGAAGGAAACUAUUCGUGUGUGGUACGAAACUCGAUUGGCUCCGAUCACAUUGUCUAUCAGGUAUACGUACAAGUACCACCAUCUGCCCCCGUGCUUUCCGUUAUCGGCAGUACCACUAACUCCGUAUCGCUGCAGUGGCGAGUAGACGACAUAGGCGGUGCACCGCUGCGUGGAUUUACAAUGACCUUCCGUAAGGAAUUCGGCGACUGGGAAGAAAUUGACUUGGAUCGACGUGUUAACUCUCAUUUAAUAGAGAAUUUGGAUUGUGGCACGCGAUACCAGUUCAAUAUGGUGACUUUCAAUAAAAUUGGAACGAGUGAAACAAGUGCCAUCGAAACAGCCAAAACGAAAGGCAAUAAACCGAUUUCGCCGCAUAAGCAAAGCUUGAUACGCUCGAAUAUCACCUCCGCUUUGUUGGAGUUAUCGUCAUGGCAAGAUGGCGGCUGUCCAAUACAAUACUUCAGCAUUGAGUUUAGACGCUAUGGUAUUUCAAGUGACUGGAUUAUCGUCUCUAGCCGUAUAGAGACACACACACGCUAUACAAUUGGCGAUUUGGAGCCUGGAACUGCAUAUAAUUUGCGCGUGGCGGCGCACAACAACGCUGGAUCGACAAUUAAGGAGUACUACUUUGAGACGUUGCAUUUUAACGGACUUUCAGCUGAGUUGGACCACGGCGACUUACCCGAGGUGCGGACACUCUUUCGCGAUGUACAUCUCAUAGCGGUGAUUAUCACAUCGGUGUUUGGCACGAUCUUGGCUAUAAUCGGCGCUUGCAUAUGCUUCAAGAACUAUCCACGUCAACUAUUUGCACGGAAUGUCGACUCGAUGCGGCCGCAUGGUGCUGAUGGCAAGGAUAUACAACAUCGUGAACAAUACUACGGUACGGUACGCAAAUCAUGCCAGCAAUCACCACGUGAAUCGGUUGCUGGGCUUGAACGCAUACCUGAAUACUCUGAAGAUAUCUAUCCUUACGCUACAUUCCAUUUACCAGAACAUGAAAAUCAAUCGGCUAACAUACCGCUCAGCCGCAAGGGAGGCCUGCCGGCAAUGUACGAUCCGCGUGGCGGUGGUGUUGCAGACGACAAUACCCUUUCCAGCACGGGUGCCAAGGUGAAGCGUUCGGUCUCGGCGGGCAUUGGCAGCAGCGCUUCAAAUGCAAAUUUAGGCGGUGGACCGGGCCAGGCGUCGGGCGAAUGUAGUCACACGAAUACUGAAAAACGACAUAAGCGACGUUCGAAAGCAAUCAAAUCGGAGUCGGAGGAAUACGAUAGCUUGAAUAGCGAUAGCGAUUUGAGUGGUGAACGUAUGCGUGAACGUGAAGAAAGUCGCAGCGGACGUGAGUCCUCUUCACAUCUAGACGAUAGCGGCUAUAACCCGCACGGUCAUAGUCCUUGCAGUGGUGGCAACGCCGGAGGUAACAAGGAGCGUCUUUCAGUAUUCAGUAGGCCUCAACUUCAUAGUAACAGCAUGGACCCCGUGCCCUUCGACUACCGGCUCUUUGACCCGCCACCAAAACAACCGAAACCAACAAUUGCCUGUGGUGCACAGUCACAAUCGCAUCACCAUCACCAGCGAAAAACAUCAUCCACAUCAACAUCCACAUCAGCAUCCACAUCCACAUCUGCCCAAAAUUCAACCAACAAUACAAAUAUGCCCAGCGGUCUAUCCGGUGGCAAAGUACGAUCAAAAGCUACCGAUACUAAUUCCAACAGCGGCAGUAACUUCCUCCUCGCCGGCGAGUUCCAAUGCACAACUAACAGCAUCCCCGCCCCGCAUAUUGUCCAGUCGGGUUCAUAUGUCGAAAUUCUGAAGCAUGCCGCACCGCAACCCCCCAACAACCAAACAAACAACCAACAAACAAUCAUGCAAGCGCCAAAUGCAAAACGCCCAAGCGGCGUUGGCGCUGGCGGUGGCACAAACAGCGGUAGUAAUAGUGUUGUCAGCGGUGCAGCAUUGGCUUGUCACAACAAAAGCUAUGGUGACUUUUUAACAAUUACACCACGCCGCAAAGGCAAACUGCUUUCUUCUGGCUAUGGUGACAAACACGGUGGCGCUGGUGGUGGCGGUGUUGGCGCCUUGGAUGGCAAUAACCAAGACAAUUAUCGCCAUCAUUUGCCCACCAGCAUCGAACCAUUACAUCUACUCGGCAUACCCAAUGAUAAUAUGUCUACAUUCUUUGACUAUCGCGCCAUGGAGACGCUCAGCAAUAGCGAUACGCUCGCAAUAGGCAGCAGUCUCUCGGGACAUGCCCACAACAAUAGAGGCAAUAAAGCAUACGACACGAGCACCACUUGCUUGAAUGCAAACAAUUAUGGUGAAUCACCACAGAGCAAUAGCAAUUCAGGCAUACCUGAUGAGUUCCAUAAUAUAAUUAGCGAGAAGAAUCUGAGUCCACCAUCGGCCUUUAGCGACAACAACAGCUGUCUGCCAAAGGGUAAGGUCUAAAGUUUAAAGUCUGGUAGCAGCACAUUAAGGAAGAUCAUAUCAAAAUUUUGGAAUUUACGACAUAAUUAACCUAAAAGAACUGAAGAAUUCUGCAUAUCAAGUACGCGAAUCUCUCUAACGGUUAUACUAGAAAUACGUCAAACAUAUUCAUGAGAAAACGAAACAGCGGAGAAAACGUAAAAGGAGAAUUAUUAUUUAUUUAGGGGUAACAAGCGAUCGAAACGAAGACGCAACCGAAGACUUUACUGCAGCAUUUAAUCGCAAGCGACAAAUAUAAACUAAAUAUAUAGAAUUAAACGAAUCGUGUGUUCUGAAGUUCACCGAAAUUCACAAAAAGCAAAUCUUCCAAAAAGUAUCGCUUUUGUAUAUCGCAAAAGCCACAAGACACAAAGCUCUACACAUCUUCAAAAAAUAGCAUACAUUUAGAUAUAUGUUACGUUUGUAUGUACUAGACUAUAUGCUAAUCUAUGUAAAUUUAUAAAAUUGCAGUAUUAAUGGCGAAUGGGGCCUAGUUAAAUGAAUUAGAGAUAGAAAUCUUCAUUUCGUUCACAGCUGAGUGCUCGAAACCGUUAGCUUGAACUGAAAAAUGAAUGAAUGAUGAACGUAUGAUGUCUACAGAUAAUCGAAAACGCUAACGAUCAGAUCCAUUUUGUCGACACUUUUCGUAAAACCCAUCCAUAACCUAUAUUCAGAAUUAGUAUCAGUAGGGCAGAGCCGUCUCAUAGCACAAUACUUGCAGAAAAUAUGAUAAUAUUAGCCUGUUUUGUCUAAAAGAGGGUAACAGAAGACUAUUUUACUUUUCUUAAACUGUUUAGAAGAUGAUUUUAGUCCCCAGUAAGCUGAAACUAUAUUCAAUUAUUCGAAGUGUAUCGUAACGCUAGGGAUAGCACAGAACAGCUCUGUCGUUUUUGUGAAGUAAAUCAAUUGGACCAAUAUUUCGGACAUAAUAAUCUGACAAAAAAUAUACAAGACUCUUUGUUCAUGAGAGCCAACAAGCUUUCUGGCAUUUUUUCUUUUUUUUCGACCAAGUUAAAUGACUUCUGCAGCUACGAAACACUUUUCAUGCAUUAUAAUGCAGAACUUUAUUUUGGAGUAUUUUCCCAACCAUAUAUUCUUUCAUCUUGGAUGGUAAACAGGAGAUUCAGGAAUCAUUAAAACAUCACUGCAAUAAAACAAGUUCGUUACUAGUGUUAAACAUUCAGCAUUGGAAAUAAAAUUUACAUCCGAAAUGGCACGAGAGGGCUUUAUGGGAGUCGGAGUAAAAAAUGGUCGAUGGGCGUGGCAUCGCCCAUUAUUAGGUGAAAUCCCAUAUCCCGAUUUUGACUACAUUUAGUUGAUUAGUAUGAAAAUGUGCAAAAUCAGGCUACAACCACGCCUAUUUCCCAUAUAGCACAGUGUUCAAAUCUAGAAACAACUAAUACACUUGUAACACGAUAACACUUUUCAUGAAUAAUUCCUUCAAAGUAUGCCACCUUAUGAUCAAAAAUUGUGCAAAUCUAUUUAAAAUUAUUCAAGGCUAGGUACCGAAUAUGUGGACCGCAGUAUCUAUAGUUGUCUGUUCGGUUUCGUCUGUACUGAGCCCCUCCUUACUUACUGUUGUUCAAUUCAAGUCACCAAUUAAUUUACCUCAUUUUAUACAAAUUCCACAUUUAAUUACAUAAGUGGUCUCACACUUUCCAAAGCUUUACUGAAGUUUUUCUUUGGAGAGAAUCCUUCUUCUAUUAUCUUGUGACGUUUUUACUAUAAAACUGAAUUUUUAUGCGAGCUACUUUACCUUUGUCUUUCCAACUGUGUAGAAGUAUGCAUUUCUUUAUAGAUUGUUUUGAAGACACUACUAUGGAUUAUUUGUAGAUCUGUUGGUACAAUACUUUACAAUUUUAUCUGUAAACGUAUAUUUAAUGCCACCUCUUUCUUACAUUCUUAGAGGAUUCACGACCAAAAAUCUUAUUAUUCCAAGUAUUUCGACUUAUCAAUUAACCUCCGUAGGUUCUCAAAAAAGUUUUGAGAUUAAUUACAUUGGAAACUAAAAUGUUUUACUCUAGACAAAAAUUGUUAGUUGAUUUUUCCUACUGUAAAGCUCUAUGUUAGGAAAGUCAAAAGUUAUUUAAAAAAUAAAACAAAGUAUGACGUUGUAUUAUUAUUUAAAUAGGUGUCUUUGAGGGAACAUACUGAAACUUUGUAUGAUUUCUGAUAUAAAAAGCUAGUUUAUUUAAAAUUAGGUGCUACGAUACUAUUUCUACCCCAAUCGACUAAGUUUUUAGUUAGUUUAUGGAAUUGACUUCAAUUUCAACGAUUCGUGGUGAGAACGAUUAAAAAUAACAACAGAAUUGUAUAGAAAAAGAGCAAAGGACAUUGCAUUAGAUAAGUUGAUUAUUACAUAUACCAUACAUAUUUAUAAGCAUAAGCAACACACUGUUAAUUAGUUAAAUCUACAAAUGAAGAAUUAAUUAUCAUAAAUAUAAACGAACGAAACCCACUUUUUUAAUAUUGUGUACAUAUAUACUAUAACGAAAGUAUUUAAAAGCAUUUAAAUAUAUGCAUUUAAAACUUAAAUAUUGAACACGAAACCAAAUAUCAAUAUUACAAACUGAACAUACUGACAAGUUACAUAGUUAUCUUAACGACUGUAUGUGUGUACAUAUAUAGAAAUAAACAUUAUAAUCGUUCAUUCUAGUCAAUAAGGUAAAGAAGUCAAUAAAUCAUUAACAAUUAUUAAUAAUAAUUAUAACGGUAUAAGCCCCUGCAAGCCCAUAGACAACAAAAUUAGAUAGUUUGGUGGCAGCAGAAACCGUCAAUUUGCGAUAAACCCUCGAUAUCAAUUUUAAAGCGUCAAUUUUUUUUACAAAAAUUUGCAAACUUUUGAACCAACUAUGUAUUUAAGCAGAAAUUAAAAAUUUAGGCGUCACAAAUUUUAGAACAAAUUUGAAAAUAAUAGAAUUUUAAGGAAUUAUUACAACGCGCAUACGCUGUAUUUAAGUGAAAUUAUAAGUUUGAAACAAAAAAUUAAAUAAAUGUUAUCAAUUAAACCAAGGUUAGAAAAUAAAAAAAAUCAGCAAACCGCAAGGAAAAAUUCAUAAAUAAAUAAGUAAAAAAGUAAAAAAGAAAACCGCAAAUUACAAAAAAUUACUUGAAUAAAAUAAAUUUAAUAAAAUUGUGCGUCACCUAUAUUUCCAAAAAUAUUUAGAUUUACAUAAAAUUAACCAAAAAUCAUAUGACAUAUAUACAUAUAUAUACACACAUACAAUUUAGCCCUAAAACUGCGAUUGUGAAACCAAAAAAAUAAGCAUUUAUACCAAUUACAUAAGGUAUUUUUUAAUGGAAGCUGAAUUAUUUUGGCAUUUGUUCGUCGUGUGUAUUUCCGAAAACCAAAACAGUAAGCAUUUCUAGACCAUAAGUCCAACAUGCCACAAAAAACAACAAGCUGUAACAAUAAACAUAAAUUAAAAAGCGCACAGUUGUAGUAUCUAAUACAUGAACUAAUUGGAAAUUCAAAAACAAAAAAAAAAUAAUGAUAAGACUUCAAUAAAUAUUGAUAAAGUUCCGGUUUGGAUACUUUUAA